AUGGGUUCCUCACGUCGGCAUGGCAAAAAUGUGAGCGCAAUUGUAAGGCGAACGGCUGCGUUGCUUGUAUUUCUUAUUGUGAACGCGUUACUUUACGAGAGUGGUGUCAAGGCCGGUAAAGGACCGGUUAUUACGAGUAAAGUUUAUUUCGAUAUUAAACAUGGAGAUGAAGAUCUUGGGCGUAUAAUAAUGGGAUUAUAUGGAAAGACUGUCCCUAAAACUGCCGAGAACUUUAGGGUGUUGGCCACCGGUGAAAAAGAUGGGCUUGGAUAUAAAGGAUCGAUAUUUCAUCGUGUUAUCAAGAAUUUUAUGAUCCAAGGCGGUGAUUUCACUAAUGGUGAUGGCACCGGCGGUGUAUCUAUAUAUGGCGCAAGAUUUGCCGAUGAGAAUUUCAAGCUUAAACAUACUGGGCCUGGUGUUUUGAGUAUGGCUAACGCUGGACCUGAUACUAAUGGAUCACAAUUCUUCAUUUGCACCGUAAAAACAAGUUGGCUUGACGGUCGCCACGUCGUGUUCGGUCGAGUUCUCGAAGGUAUGGACAUCAUAACCAAAAUUGAAAACCUCCCAACUGAUUCAAGAGAUCGUCCGAUCGGGGAUGUAGUGAUCGCAGAUAGUGGGGAACUUCCACUCGAGGAAAGUACAGAGACUACCGUUAAUACUACUGCUUCUAGUGAUAGCUCUAGUACUUCAACUUCAGCUACUGCUGCGGCCAAAGUAGAAGAAACUGCAACUUCUACUGAUGGUGAAAGUAAAACUAUUUCUGCUGCUGCCACUUCAACUGAAAAAACUGAAUCAAUUAGUGCCACUCCAGAGCCUGAACAAUCUAUGAGAAUUGAAUUUGGUUGUAUAGAAGAAAGAAGGCGCAGGGAACAUUCGCCUUUGACUGAAGAUCCACCUUUGGCUGAAGAUCCACCUUCGACCGAAAAUCAACAAAAUAAUGGAUACACAAACUUUAUUCGCGAUUCAGCUAAAUACCUCUUCGAUUUAUUGGUUAAUUGGUACAUUAUCGCGAUUUUGGUGUUUGUGCUUGUUAUUUUCGCUGGGCCCUUACGGAAAUAUAAGCAGGGGAUAUUGGAGGCGGUUGGUGUGAAUACCGAGGGCAUCAAAUCUGAGAAAAUGAAUCUCCCUUAA